UUUGCCAGUCUCUGCUGUUCCGGCCAAGUCAAUAUUGACUGACUGCGGAGGGACGAGGGCUCCCGCGACGCUCCGCUAUCCUCCUCCGGUCCUCCUCCGGUCCUCCUCCGGUCCUCCUCCGAAAGGCUGUUCCUCUCCGGGACCCCGAGCAGACGGACUGUCCGUGUUGACAACGAUCAGGAAGCUGUGUCCGCCGCGGUUUGACAAAGGAACAUGGCGUCCCAGGCUGAUCUGAUGGAGCUGGACAUGGCCAUGGAGCCGGACCGCAAGGUGGCCGUCAGCCACUGGCAGCAGCAGUCCUACCUGGACUCGGGCAUCCACUCCGGAGCCACCACCACGGCGCCCUCCCUCAGCGGGAAGGGCAACCCGGAGGAGGACGACGUGGACAACCAGGUCCUGUACGAGUGGGAGCAGGGCUUCAACCAGAGCUUCGCCCCGGAGCAGGUCCAAGACAUCGACGGCCAGUACGCCAUGACCCGCGCCCAGCGGGUGCGCGCGGCGAUGUUCCCCGAGACGCUAGAGGAGGGCAUGCAGAUCCCCUCCUCCCAGUACGACGCAGCCAACCCCACCAACGUGCAGCGGCUGGCGGAGCCCUCGCAAAUGCUCAAACACGCCGUGGUGAACCUCAUCAACUACCAGGACGACGCGGAGCUGGCGACCCGAGCGAUACCCGAGCUCACCAAGCUGCUCAACGACGAGGACCAGGUCGUGGUGAACAAAGCGGCCGUGAUGGUCCACCAGCUCUCAAAGAAAGAAGCCUCUCGCCACGCCAUCAUGCGCUCGCCCCAGAUGGUGUCGGCCGUCGUGCGGACCAUGCAGAACACCAACGACGUGGAGACGGCGCGCUGCGCCGCGGGGACGCUCCACAACCUGUCCCACCACAGGGAGGGGCUGCUGGCCAUCUUCAAGUCCGGAGGGAUCCCGGCGCUCGUCAAGAUGCUGGGGUCGCCGGUGGACUCGGUCCUGUUCUACGCCAUCACCACGCUGCACAACCUCCUCCUGCACCAGGAAGGAGCCAAGAUGGCCGUCCGCUUAGCCGGAGGUCUCCAGAAGAUGGUGGCGCUGCUCAACAAGACCAACGUCAAGUUCUUGGCCAUCACCACCGACUGUCUCCAGAUCCUGGCCUACGGGAACCAGGAGAGCAAGUUGAUCAUCCUGGCCAGCGGCGGCCCUCAGGCGCUGGUGAACAUCAUGAGGACGUACACCUACGAGAAGCUGCUGUGGACGACGAGCCGCGUCCUCAAGGUCCUGUCGGUCUGCUCCAGCAACAAGCCGGCCAUCGUGGAAGCCGGAGGCAUGCAGGCGCUGGGGCUGCACCUCACGGACCCGAGCCAGAGGCUGGUCCAGAACUGCCUCUGGACCCUCAGGAACCUCUCAGACGCUGCCACCAAGCAGGAGGGGAUGGAGGGUCUCCUCGGGACGCUGGUCCAGCUGCUCGGCAGCGACGACAUCAACGUGGUGACGUGCGCCGCCGGCAUCCUGUCCAACCUCACCUGCAACAACUACAAGAACAAGAUGAUGGUGUGCCAGGUGGGCGGCAUCGAGGCGCUGGUGCGCACCGUGCUCCGGGCCGGCGACCGGGAGGACAUCACGGAACCGGCCAUCUGCGCCCUGCGCCACCUCACGUCUCGCCACCAGGACGCGGAGAUGGCGCAGAACGCCGUCCGGCUGCACUACGGCCUGCCGGUGGUCGUCAAGCUGCUGCACCCGCCGUCGCACUGGCCGCUCAUCAAGGCGACGGUCGGGCUGAUCCGUAACCUGGCUCUGUGCCCGGCUAACCACGCCCCCCUGAGGGAGCAGGGCGCCAUCCCCCGCCUGGUGCAGCUGCUGGUCCGAGCGCACCAAGACGCACAGAGACGCACCAGCAUGGGAGGCACGCAGCAGCAGUUUGUGGAGGGCGUCCGCAUGGAGGAGAUCGUGGAGGGCUGCACGGGAGCGCUUCACAUCCUGGCCAGAGAUGUUCACAACAGAAUAGUCAUCCGGGGACUCAACACCAUCCCACUCUUCGUCCAGCUGCUGUAUUCUCCGAUCGAGAACAUCCAGCGUGUGGCGGCCGGCGUCCUGUGUGAGCUGGCUCAGGACAAAGAGGCGGCCGAGGCCAUCGAGGCCGAGGGCGCCACGGCGCCGCUCACCGAGCUGCUGCACAGCCGCAACGAGGGAGUCGCCACCUAUGCUGCUGCGGUUCUGUUCCGCAUGUCUGAGGACAAACCUCAAGACUACAAGAAGCGUCUCUCAGUGGAGCUCACCAGCUCUCUGUUCAGGACCGAACCCAUGGCCUGGAACGAGACUGGAGACCUGGGUUUGGACAUUGGAGCACAGGGAGAGCCUCUGGGCUACAGACAGGAAGACCCCAGCUACCGUUCCUUCCACUCGGGGGGCUACGGAGGCGACUCGAUGGGCAUGGAGCCCAUGAUGGACCAUGACCUGGGCGGGGUCCACCACCCGGGCCAGGACUACCCCCCCGUAGACGGGCUGCCUGACCUGGGCCACGCCCAGGAGCUGAUCGAGGGUCUCCCACCGGGCGACGCCAACCAAUUGGCCUGGUUCGAUACCGACCUGUAAAGACGACACCACCUUUCUACGAGCUGUAUCAUGUGAUCCGGAUGAACCUGCAUCAUGAUUCGCCCAUAUGGAGGAGGCGGGGUUUCAGAAAGUGCCUGAAGACUCCUCAACAAGCAGUUCCCUGCCUAUGGGAACUCCAUUGGGACAAACUAGAUUGAAGUUCGGUUCGGCUCAGCCGGACGGCGCCGACUUCAAAUCCCGACAUGACUCACGGAUCUCAAUAAUUGAUUUUUGAAAAAAAAUGCUUUAUGUACUUUUUCAUUUUUACUUGAUUUUGAUGUUUUACUUUUAUUUUCCCCUCAAGUCUAAAAUACAAACUGGUUCCAGCUUGUUUUCAUUCUCCUGAGUUAUUCUCUUGUUUUCAGUCUCUGGUAGUCGAGUUUCCUUUUCUUCCGUGUUAUUGCUUCAUCAAAGUAAAUCUGAUCACAUUUUAAAUGGUGUCCAACACUAAAGUUCAUCAGCUGAAUCCAGAUGAAGUGAAACGUUGUGUAGCUUUUGUAUAAAAAACUAAAACAUGAA